UCCCAUCCCUUCACAAUUCGACCGACCGCGACGUUGACAGCUGUGUGUAUUUUUCUUGAAUCCCGUAAAAUUUAAUAAAUUUAGUGUUCUGGUGCGGACAGAGAGUUCCAUCAUGAGCGCUUUGAUGAAGGCUGCCGUGUCUCGUAGCCCUGCGUCAUUGGCUACUCACCUUUACCGCAACCUGCACCUGUCAGUGGGCGGCGCGCAGGAUGCCCGCACCAACACUAACGCCACCAAGGCCUACACCGUUGUAGACCACAAGCACGAUGCGCUGGUCAUCGGAGCUGGAGGUGCAGGGCUCCGGGCUGCCUUUGGUCUCGUGCAGGAGGGGUUCAAGACAGCUGUUGUCACCAAGCUGUUUCCGACCAGGUCUCACACUGUUGCUGCCCAGGGAGGCAUCAAUGCAGCUUUGGGUAACAUGGAGGAGGACAACUGGCUGUGGCACAUGUACGACACAGUGAAGGGCUCAGACUGGCUCGGAGACCAGGACGCGAUCCACUACAUGACCCGCGAGGCGCCACACGCGGUUAUCGAGCUGGACAACUACGGGAUGCCGUUCUCCCGAACCCCUGAAGGCCGCAUCUACCAGCGCGCCUUCGGAGGGCAGUCGCUGCAGUUCGGCAAGGGAGGGCAGGCGCAUAGGUGUUGCGCUGUUGCUGACAGAACCGGGCACUCUCUGCUGCACACGCUCUACGGCCAGUCGCUCCGCUACGACUGCGAGUACUUCAUCGAGUACUUCGCGCUAGACCUGCUGAUGGAGGACGGCGUGUGCAAGGGGUGCAUCGCCAUCAACUUGGAGGACGGAACUCUGCAUAGGUUCCAAGCCAAGAACACGAUCCUGGCGACGGGCGGCACGGGCAGGUCCUACUUCAGCUGCACCUCAGCCCACACGUGCACGGGCGACGGCACGGCCAUGGCGGCGCGCGCUGGGCUACAGAACGAGGAUAUGGAGUUUGUGCAGUUCCAUCCUACAGGUAUCUACGGUGCGGGCUGCCUCAUCACGGAAGGCUGCCGCGGCGAGGGCGGGUUCCUCGUGAACGCGAAGGGCGAGCGCUUCAUGGAGCGGUACGCACCCGUGGCCAAGGACCUGGCCAGUCGGGACGUGGUGUCGCGGGCUAUGACUGUCGAGAUUAUGGAGGGUCGCGGCUGCGGCCCCGAGAAAGACCACGUGCACCUCCAACUUCACCACCUGCCGCCCGAGCAGCUGAAGCAGCGGCUGCCCGGCAUCAGCGAGACGGCCAUGAUCUUCGCCGGCGUGGACGUCACCAAGGAACCCAUCCCCGUGUUGCCCACCGUGCACUAUAAUAUGGGAGGCACGCCGACUAACUUCCGCGGGGAGGUCAUCACCCACCACAACGGGCAAGACAAAGUAGUCCCCGGAUUAUUCGCGGCCGGCGAAGCGUCCUGUGCCUCCGUGCACGGCGCCAACAGACUCGGCGCCAACUCUCUACUGGACAUCGUGGUGUUCGGCCGCGCCUGCGCCCUGACUAUUGCCGAGACCAGCAAGCCGGGCGACGCCCAGGCUCCGUUGAAGGAUAGCACGGGCGAGGCGAGCGUGGCGAACCUGGACCAGGUCCGGCACGCCAACGGACAGAUCUCCACGGCCGAGCUGCGCCUGCGCAUGCAGAAGUGCAUGCAGACCAACGCCGCCGUGUUCCGCCAGCAGAGCACGCUCGAAGAAGGCCAGCGCCAAAUCCACCAGAUCUACAAGCAGCUCGCCGACAUCAAGGUCUCGGACCGCUCGCUCAUCUGGAACUCGGACCUGAUCGAGACCCUCGAACUUCAGAACCUCAUGAUCAACUCCGUGCAGAUCGUGGAGGGCGCGCUGGCUAGGCAGGAGAGCCGUGGGGCGCACGCCCGUGAAGACUUCAAGACUAGGCGCGACGAGAUGGACUACUCCAAGCCUUUGGAUGGACAGACCAAACUGCCGUUCGAGCAGCACUGGCGCAAGCACACAAUGGCCGAGACCGACGCGGCCACCGGCGCCACCAAGCUCACCUACCGACCCGUGAUCGACGCCACGCUCGACCAGAGCGAGUGCCAGACCGUGCCGCCCGUCAUCCGCACCUACUAGACCGCGCUCUCAGCUGAGGUAAUCUCUUUUAAUGGGUGCUGACUGAGCUUAGCAGUAUUCUUCAAUCAACAGCGACACGGGGGUGUCCAUCGCGUGGGAAUGUCAGCUGUCACUAUUUAUUAUCUCGAUCCAUACAAUCAUUAUUAUUUAUAUCGUAACUCGUUCUAAGCGUAACAAAAUCAAAGUCUACACAAAUCACAAGCGGAAUUAUACAACUGGUGUUUUAAUACUUUACUUUGUAGUUUGUAACAAACUUUGAACCAGCAUUUAUUAUAAUCUUUUAGAUGGUUUUAUAAUGUUAUUUGUGAACGACUCAGCAGCACCGACGUACUUACAAAUAUUUAAAUGCUUUAUAUGAAUGUCUUAGCCACCUUCUUCAUACAUUUUGUGAUGUAUAGCACGCUCAUGAGACACUUUGUCUACCUCAUCGUUAUAACGAAUCAUAACACUUUUUGUUACAAACAAAUAAUAUUGAAAUAGAUAAACAGUGUCAUCAAUGAAUACUUUUAUACAGAAAUAAGUAAUGUCUUUUUUGUAAAUUUUGUAUUAUUCAAUGGACAUUAAAAUCAUGAACAUAAAUGAAAUUAUCGAUAUUCGUAGAUUGUAAGUUUAAAUGGAUAACUUAAAUAUAUGUUAUAAAUUCAA